GGAGUUGAUGUUUCAAAUUGGCAUAUUUUGCCUUGUUCAGCGAUAUCGAACGUUUUCUAAUUGACAUGACAACACAACCUUGUUUCUGAUAACUGUCAAAUAAAAUUUAUUUUGUUAAAUUCUAGUAAUUGAAAACGUAGUAAUAAAUGUAAUUUUUGCAUAGAAUUGAAUAAUGAUACCUGGAAAUGCUGAUCCUCGACGACCAGAUAAAAUACAAAGAUAUAAAGCUUCUGCUGCUGGAAAUGGAGCUGCUCCUGGAGAAGACCUAACUCCAGAUUACAUGAAUAUUCUUGGUCCUGAUCCGACCUCGGGAAAUGCUGACGGCGACAGCAAUACUACCACAGUUGAGCCGGUAAACAUAAAUGGUCCAAUACAGCAACAACAACAACAACAACAACCACCACUACCACAGCAACAACAGCUACAAAAGUUACAACAAACCCACCGAAAAGAAGACGUAUCGAAAAAUACUACAGCAACUACCACAAAUACGAUAAACGUGAUUCCUACGAGUCCUCAGUAUGGUGUCGCUAUAAUACCUACUGCUAUAACGACUGCAACCAUACCAAACGAUACUAGUACCACAACUGCUGUGUCCAUGAACAAUAUUAAUAGUAAUAACACAAACGCGGUUGAGGGCGAUAUUAAAGACAUGAACGCGACCCCGAACAAAAAUGAUCGUUUCAAGGUUGUGAAAAUUGCUAGCGCUGAACCGUUUAGACGUGGCCGUUGGAAAUGCAUGGACUACGUGGAUCAAGCACCGCCAUCCUCUAAUCAGUCAAAGACCUCGCAAGCGUCUACUGCGGCCUCCAUAACCGGCAACGUGUACAUGCAAACGCAGAGUUUACCACCCCAACAAAUUCAACAGUUGUUGCUCCAGAGCGGUUUUAAUACGACUUCUGUACCACAGUAUUUCCAGGGUACCCAAGUUAUACCACCACAGGCGCAAUAUUUUUAUCAGGCCAAUGUUCAACCCCAAACAAUGCCAAUGAUGAUCCCACAACCCCAAUUCGUUACUGGCGGUCAGCAACAGCAGUACUUUCAACCAACCACUGUUAUAACAACAGGAUCGGUACCUGCUGGUUUUCAGGGAAUGCAGUUCGUUCAACAACCGCAACAGAACAAUAGCGCUUUUGUACCCACAUCUCAGGGUGUACAGAUACCGCAAUCAUUUGGGUCUCAGGCUGGGAGUAAUAGUAACACUCCGGGUCAGACAUUUGCCGAUACGACAAAUCAAUCACAGCAGCAGCAGCAACCGAUGGUUAAUGGAUAUGCGUAUCCCCAACCCCAAAACGAACAGCAACAACACCCUCAAAUUAUACCUCCUAAUCAGGUGGCGAAAAAUGUUAUAUUAAGUCAUGUGCAAAAUGUCGACGUGCAAGUAAACUCGGAUAUAUCUCAGAAUACAGCCAAUGCAUUUUCUGGGUCUGGCGUAACGACUGUCUUGCCUCAGACGCAGGGAGUCGUAAUACAGACGGUGCCCGCCUACGACUCGAACGCCCCCACCAACAUGUAUACAAAUCCACAAUUUGUCGCAAGCGUAAAUAGUUUGCCACCCCUCGAACAAUCUUCGGACGACCAGAAGGACGCGGUAGCGACUACUGAAACAGGUGACGGAGGCGCUACGUCUACAACCGACGAUCCCGCGAAAACGAAUCCGGUGGUAAACGCGAUUGAUAACAAAAUUGAACAGGCUAUGGACCUAGUAAAGAGCCAUCUAAUGUAUACCGUCCGCGAGGAGGUGGAAGUGCUUAAAGAAAAGAUUGCAGAAUUGAUGGAACGGAUACAGCAGCUCGAAACGGAAAAUAACUUCCUUAGGUCACAAAUUCCGAAGAAUCAACAGCAGCAGCAACAACAGGGGACAAGUCAGAAUGGAGGCACUGAGCCCUCACCACCUGUUGCAUCAUCCACGAACCCACCCACGCAAAUAAUGAUACCUGGAAAUGCUGAUCCUCGACGACCAGAUAAAAUACAAAGAUAUAAAGCUUCUGCUGCUGGAAAUGGAGCUGCUCCUGGAGAAGACCUAACUCCAGAUUACAUGAAUAUUCUUGGUCCUGAUCCGACCUCGGGAAAUGCUGACGGCGACAGCAAUACUACCACAGUUGAGCCGGUAAACAUAAAUGGUCCAAUACAGCAACAACAACAACAACAACAACCACCACUACCACAGCAACAACAGCUACAAAAGUUACAACAAACCCACCGAAAAGAAGACGUAUCGAAAAAUACUACAGCAACUACCACAAAUACGAUAAACGUGAUUCCUACGAGUCCUCAGUAUGGUGUCGCUAUAAUACCUACUGCUAUAACGACUGCAACCAUACCAAACGAUACUAGUACCACAACUGCUGUGUCCAUGAACAAUAUUAAUAGUAAUAACACAAACGCGGUUGAGGGCGAUAUUAAAGACAUGAACGCGACCCCGAACAAAAAUGAUCGUUUCAAGGUUGUGAAAAUUGCUAGCGCUGAACCGUUUAGACGUGGCCGUUGGAAAUGCAUGGACUACGUGGAUCAAGCACCGCCAUCCUCUAAUCAGUCAAAGACCUCGCAAGCGUCUACUGCGGCCUCCAUAACCGGCAACGUGUACAUGCAAACGCAGAGUUUACCACCCCAACAAAUUCAACAGUUGUUGCUCCAGAGCGGUUUUAAUACGACUUCUGUACCACAGUAUUUCCAGGGUACCCAAGUUAUACCACCACAGGCGCAAUAUUUUUAUCAGGCCAAUGUUCAACCCCAAACAAUGCCAAUGAUGAUCCCACAACCCCAAUUCGUUACUGGCGGUCAGCAACAGCAGUACUUUCAACCAACCACUGUUAUAACAACAGGAUCGGUACCUGCUGGUUUUCAGGGAAUGCAGUUCGUUCAACAACCGCAACAGAACAAUAGCGCUUUUGUACCCACAUCUCAGGGUGUACAGAUACCGCAAUCAUUUGGGUCUCAGGCUGGGAGUAAUAGUAACACUCCGGGUCAGACAUUUGCCGAUACGACAAAUCAAUCACAGCAGCAGCAGCAACCGAUGGUUAAUGGAUAUGCGUAUCCCCAACCCCAAAACGAACAGCAACAACACCCUCAAAUUAUACCUCCUAAUCAGGUGGCGAAAAAUGUUAUAUUAAGUCAUGUGCAAAAUGUCGACGUGCAAGUAAACUCGGAUAUAUCUCAGAAUACAGCCAAUGCAUUUUCUGGGUCUGGCGUAACGACUGUCUUGCCUCAGACGCAGGGAGUCGUAAUACAGACGGUGCCCGCCUACGACUCGAACGCCCCCACCAACAUGUAUACAAAUCCACAAUUUGUCGCAAGCGUAAAUAGUUUGCCACCCCUCGAACAAUCUUCGGACGACCAGAAGGACGCGGUAGCGACUACUGAAACAGGUGACGGAGGCGCUACGUCUACAACCGACGAUCCCGCGAAAACGAAUCCGGUGGUAAACGCGAUUGAUAACAAAAUUGAACAGGCUAUGGACCUAGUAAAGAGCCAUCUAAUGUAUACCGUCCGCGAGGAGGUGGAAGUGCUUAAAGAAAAGAUUGCAGAAUUGAUGGAACGGAUACAGCAGCUCGAAACGGAAAAUAACUUCCUUAGGUCACAAAUUCCGAAGAAUCAACAGCAGCAGCAACAACAGGGGACAAGUCAGAAUGGAGGCACUGAGCCCUCACCACCUGUUGCAUCAUCCACGAACCCACCCACGCAGUAAUUCAAGAAUAAUGAUAUCCCCUUGCCCAAUAGACGAUAAAUAUUUCUGCUGCUAGAAAGGUAGAGGACGCGUUUUUACGGUUGUUUUUAGUUUGACACGUUUUACGGAAACCGAAAUCGAAUUUAAAAAAUAAUUCUCAACUGAAUUAUUUUUACCAGCUUCAAAAUUUUCAUUCUUCUUUUCUUUGUUGAUCGAUAAACAGAUUGUUUUUAAUUUUUUACAUAUUCUAUACCUUAGUUUUAUAUCAGUUACCUAUACAUGCAUUGAUACUAAUGGUUUUUUUAUUUGAAAAAUAUGGUUCACUUUCGUUUUUAAUGCUUUAAUAUAUUUUUGAUGACGUUAAAAUGAACCGAGAUUGAUUUAAACCAUCGUGUCGUAUUGCGUGAAACAUUUGUUGAAUGAUAAUCGUACUUCUGUAAUAAAAAGAGUACUUACCAUGUAUACAUACUUAUAACAAAGUUUGUGUAGUUUAACAACUGAGUACUACCUACAUAAAUAUGUAUAUUGUUUGUUAAACGCCGUGGUAGAUGUAAAAAAAGAAAAGAAAUAUUUAAUUCCGAAACUAAAGCUUUCUACAAUAUUUAGACCGAAGUGGUGAAACGUGUUUGCCUGUCUUUUUUGCGUGAUAGUCGCUGAAAAAAAAGAAAGAAAACACUCUUGCAUUUUUUUUUUAUGUAUUAUUACAGUUUUUUAAUAUAAAAAAUUUUAAUCGUACAUAGAAUGCCACUUCAGUUUUUAAAGUUCCUCUUUUUUAAUUUUGUUAUACCUGCGAGCUAAUGAAAAUGUAAGCGUGUUCUUCUUUUGUGUGUAGUGUAAGUAACUUAUGAAAGAGUAUAAUUUAUAUUGUAAGUUUGUAUUUUUAUUAUAAAUUAAUUUAGUCGGCUCAACGAUAGAAAUUCUAUUUAUAUUUGUCAAUUUUUUGUUGACAUUGCGUUUAUCUAUCUUUUUUCGAAAGAGGAUUCAUAAUAUUGAAGUCAUACAUAAUGUAAUGACGAUGAAUCGUAGACUGACUUCAUAAUGAUUUAAAAAGAGUAUAGGAAUAACGCCUGCUAAAAUCGAUUUCUGCUAAUAAUUAUAAUUGGUAAUAAGUGGACUAAUUUUAUGUAAUGUAGUAUAAUUAACAGCAUUGUGGGAAUCAUAUUCACUUGUUACUUUUUGUUUUUCUAUAUUAAUGAUAUUUUUGAUAGUUUUAAUUAACUAUUAAUUGAAUUGAAUACUUUAAUUAUUAUACAACCCAAAUGCUGUUUGUAGUCGAUGUAUUUCUAAUUGGAUCGUAAUUAAGGUCUCUAUAUUUUUCAGCGUUUUUUUAUAGCGUUUACGAAUAUAGAUCGAAAUUUUUGAAAGUCAGUCAAUAGCAAUACAUAUAUCUUGAAAUUGAAGAUACUUCUGUUCAAUGGAAUAAUACUAAAAUAAAUUUUUAAAGUUUCAGAAUUUUUACAAAAUUUGAAUCUCAUACGUGCAAAAUAACGUUGGAAAUAUGUAAAUGACCUGUGAAUUGUAAAUUGUGUAAAUUAUAUUAGAAAUAUGGAGUGUAGCAUAGCCAAAUUGAUAGUUUGGUGCUAAUCAAAACUGUGAUGGUAUAUAGAUUUCGCUUCAAAAUUUAAGUUUAGAUAGAAGCAGAUUAUUGUUUGAAGAUUCUAAGAUAAUUUUUUUCUCAUCUCUCUGUAAUCACUUACUAUUUACUUGCGUAAACUUAUGCAUGUUUUGAAUUUAAAACAGAACAUUAUUUUUUUUUCAAACGAAUGGGUGUGUUUUUCUUUCACAAAUUGUUUUCUUGAAAUAGUGAAAUAGUCGUUUCUCCUAAGUGUAACAGUGGUAUAUAAGAUAAACUAUCUAGUACCAUUUUGCAUAGUACUCAACUAUUGUAGAUGACGAGUAACUAAUUGAAAUUUUAGACAAUUCAGUUCUUAUUAAUAAAAAGGGCACUAACAGGAUGUUGUUUGAAAAGUUACGUUUCAGAUGUGAAGUAAGUGUUUUUUUUUUCUAUGUAAAAACUUAUGGCUGUGUCGUACUUGAGAAAAACGUUAUCCAAGAAGUGUUAGUCUGUAUUAUUGCUAAGUUUAAAACAGAGUGUAAUUUUGUUUAUUGAUUUCUUAAAUAAUAUUUUAUCACACCUAUAGGUCGUUUCAAAAGUAUACAUAAAUGUAAUUUCAAUAAAUAGAGCUCAUAUUAUAACUUUUAUUACA